UAGCAUAAUGACGACAACAACCAAAAUGUCGGCUUGAAAGAAGUGAUAGGCCGAAUUUGUCAGAAGUUUUACCGUUUUUGCAGAUUUAGCGGAUUGUAUUUUGAUAAUAGACUGUCAGAAUGGUUUUCGAGUCACUUGUCACCGAUUUGAUCAACAAGUAUUUGGGAGACUUUGUGGAAAACUUGGAUAAAUCCCAAUUAAAACUUGGAAUAUGGGGAGGUGAUGUUGUUUUGAAUGAACUAGAUUUGAAGGAAAGUGCAUUGGAUGACCUUGAUCUUCCAGUAAAGAUCAAAGCUGGCCAUAUAGGAAAUUUAACCUUGAAAAUUCCAUGGAAGAAUUUGUAUUCUGAGCCGGUGAUUGCUACCAUAGAUGGGUUAUACGCCCUUGCAGUUCCAAAUGUUGGUAUCAAAUACAAUGCUGAGAAGGAAGAGAAAGAAAAACAGGCAGCCAAACAGAAGAAACUUACAGCUCUGGAAGAGGCUAAAAAGUUGGAGGCAGAGAAAGAUAAACCAAAAGAGAAGAAAAAAGAUUCAUUUGCUGAGAAGUUCGCUACUCAGGUCAUCAAGAAUCUUCAGGUUGAAGUACGAAAUAUCCAUGUGCGUUUCGAAGAUAAAUACACAAAUCCUAAACAACCAUUCUCCAUUGGUGUCAGUUUGAAGGAACUUCUUUUUAGAACAACAGAUGAGAACUGGAAACCAUGUAUAAUCAAAGAAGCUGUGUCACAGAUUAACAAGCUGGUGAAACUAGAGUCCCUGGCCGUGUACUGGAACAGUCGCACAGAGCUGUAUGAAGAUAGGCCUAAUCUGAAAUCUUGGUUAACUGGUCUGAAAGGUGCAAUAGCUGCUGAUAGUAAAGCUGACUUCCAAUAUUUGAUCAAGCCAAUCUCAUCAGUUGCUCAUCUGAAAUUGAACACAAAACCAGAGCUACAGGAGUACAGUUCGCCCAAGAUGUUCCUUACUAUAAUCUUCGAUGAGAUAUCUGUGUGUCUGGCUAAACUUCAGUAUAAUGAUGUAUUGGAGAUGUUGGAAGGUUUUGAGAGAGUGGCCUUGAUGGGAAUAUACAAGAAAUAUAAACCUAGUGUGCCUUUGAAAGGCAACAUCAGAACAUGGUGGCAUUACGCAUACACAAGUAUAUUGGAGGAGACAGUGAGGCGGAGAAGAAAGAUGUGGUCGUGGUCAUAUAUGAAAGAACAUAGAGAUAUGAAGAACAAAUAUAGAGAAGUCUACAUAAAGAAGCUAGAGAGUAAAAAAGUUUCAGGAGAUCUACAGAAAAGUUUGGAUGAGUGCGAGAAGUAUCUAGAUGUAUUCAACAUCACUGUGAUACGUCAGCAAGCAGAACUGGAGGCGGCCAAGCGUGGAGCUAAACGGGCUGAGGACAAGAAAAAUGCGGGAUGGUUUGGUGGUUGGUUUGGAGGUGGAGGGAAGAAAAAGGGUGAUGGAAAAUCUAAAGGAGAAGUGGAAAAUAUUCAGGAACAGUUUUAUGAACAGUUUAAUGCAGAAGAGAAGAAGAAACUCUACGAUGCCAUUGGUUACCAGGAAAAUGAGGCGGACCCUACUCUUCCAAAGGAGUUUGUGGCAGUAAGACUGGUCACCAAGUUAAAUAACUUAUCAGUCAUGCUUCAUGAUAAUUCAAAGACGGAACCACAGAUCUUGAAGAUGCAGUUAAAGAGUGUGUUUGCCUCAGUGGGCCAGAGACCAGCUGCCAAUGCUGUCAAGGUAGAUUUAAAGAUGGACAAGUUUACAUUACUGGGCACCCAGCAGGAAGAGUUUGUACCUAGGAUGGUCACUUCUAUCACUCAGACAGAGGCAACACAACAGGCGCUAUCAUUGCUAGAUGUGUUGUUUGAGACCAACCCACUGGAUGGACAGUGUGACACUAGAGUUAGAGUGAACACCAGACCUGUGCAGAUUAUCUAUGAUGCUAUUACAGUCAAUCAGAUGGCAGAGUUUUUCAAACCACCAAAAGAUAUUCAGCUGAAACAGUUAUCUCAGGCGGCUAUGUCCAAGUUUGAUGAGAUAAAGGAACAGUCGGCAACAGGACUUCAACAUGCUAUAGACCUGAAGAAGUACACAGAGAUAGCUGUAGAUCUACAACCUUCUUAUGUUAUUGUGCCUCAUGGUGGAAAAUGGACAAAAAAUAAAGAUGUAGCUAAGUUGGUACUAGACCUGGGUAAUCUGAAGAUUGGUACAGAAAAGAGCCAAACAGAUGAUAGUGAAGGGCCAAAGAGUCCCCAGUCACUGGAAGACGUCAUGUUGAAAGCUUAUGAUAAAUUCAAUAUAAAACUGGAUAGGGUACAGUUACUGAUGGCUCAUGCAGGUGAAGACUGGCAGAAGGCGAGGUCGUUGUCGGAUUCCAACUUACACAUCUUGUGUCCCAUCUCUAUAUCUAUAGUGUUACAGAAAUGUAUGUUUGAUAAAGAUCCUAGAAUGGCAAAGAUGAAGGUGGCAGGUAUGUUACCUCUACUCAGUUUGAACAUGUCAGAUCACAGACUACAGGAGAUUCUGUCCCUGGUACAGAGUAUACCCCUGCCAGAGAGUGCCCCUGUGGAACCAGCCGACCCCUUUGCCGAGGGACCGGGUGUAUUACCGACGGUGGAUGUGAACGAGAACAGGAUAGCUAAGAAUAUAGUGAUAAGUGAGGAGGGCGACAAGAAAGCGUUACAGACCAGUGAAUCAAUGGAGUUUGUUAACUACACUGAUAUAGAGCUCCAGUUUGUUAUAAAUGAGAUAAGCUUGAAUAUAGCACAGAGGUUGGAUAAUAAGGAUGUCCCAUUGCUGAGGCUGGCUGUGAAUGACCUUGGAACUGAUGUCAAGGUCAGGACCUUUGACCUUAUUGCUGAAGCUUUCCUAGGUGGAAUACAAGUGCAAUAUCUUAAAGUUAAUGAAAACCAGAAAGCUUUUAAGUGUACAGCUGAUGAACCAAGGAGCCAGUAUGUUACAGUCUCUGAUGGUGUUACAUCACAACUUGGUGAUAAGUUGCUGCAAGAUACAGACCGAGGUCCAGCCAUCAAUCUUGUCAACACACCAAGACCUCAAGGAAGCAAGUCUAAUCUUCUAGCUGUACAUUUCCUGAAGGCCAACACAGAUGGUCCGGAGUUUGCUACAACGUACAAGAAGACGGAGCAGAGUUUAAAUGUAGAGUUCUCUGCCCUUGAACUAUUAUUACAUCAGGAGAGUAUUCUAGACUUACUGGUGUUCGCUCAGUCGAUACAACCUCCGAAACUUACCGAGGUGGAGAACAAGGUUGCCGACAGUAAACCUGAGGAGAAAAAAGUGAAAACAACCAAGAAAAAGGAAUUUACCAAAGACCCGGAGGUGAUAGACAUGUCGGUGAAAGCUGCAUUGAAAAUGUUUUCUGUCACCAUUUGCUCAGAGGAAAAACUUAUCACAGAUGUCAAAAUUAAAGGUAUAGAAGCUAAUGUAACACUUCAAGAGAGGCAGACUUUAGUUGGUGCAUUGCUGAAAGAUAUAUCUGUAAGAGAUCCAAGUCCUGAAACAUUCUAUCCUAAUAUUCUAGAAAUCCAGGGCAGUGAAGUAUUGGCCCUGAACCUUGCAAUAUUGAAUGAGAACACAGCAGGUGAUCGCUAUGACAACAUGAACAAUGUAGAUAUGAAAGUUGAAGUGUCGUUAGGGCGAAUCAAGGUCACGUUUCUCAACAAAUAUGUCAAUGAUUUGCUGGGAUUUCUUGACAACUUCCAAGCAGCUCAGGCAAAGAUCAAGGAAGCCGGCGAGACUUUGGCCGAGUAUUCCCAAGAUGCCGUGCAGAACUUACAGGAGACGGCUUCAAGAUUGUCCCUCUCGGUUGAUAUGAACGCCCCCAUUAUCUUUAUGCCGCAGUGUUCGAAAUCUUACAAUGUUCUUAUGGUAGAUCUCGGUCAUUUGUCUGUGAAGAAUGCUUUUGAGAUGCCGGGGAAAAGAUCAGCAAAUGGGGUACCAGCAGUUCUAGAUAAAAUGAACGUGACUUUAACAGACUUGAAAGUGUCAAGGGCUAUAGUAGAUGCCUCCCAGUACGUGAAGAGUGAGGUGGAGUUAUUACAACCGGCCGAAAUAUCGGUUGGCAUCUGUAGAAAUAUCGCUUCAAGCUGGUUCCAUGACGUCCCUGAUAUUGACAUCUCGGGAAAUAUCAAAGCCAUUAAGUUGACAAUAAGUCAGGGAGAUUUUACGGCUAUGAUGAAUGUUUUGAACGAGAAUUUGUCUGAGGGUCAGGAUAAGACGAAACAGUUACCUGAGAAACCGGAAGAAACUACCGCUGUGUCCACAAAUGUUGAAGAAACUGUCACUGCUGAAACUGCUGUAUCUACAGAGAGUACCCCUGUAGCAGUGACUAGUCAGGAGACAUGGUGUAAACUGAAGUUUAAUUUCUGUAUUAAUACACUGUCAGCAACACUUUAUAAUGGAGAGAGUAAACUGACAUCAGGUCUAUACUUACAUGAUGACAAGAAGUGCCUCGGUCAGUUUGCACUGGAGUUGAUGGGUCUAGAUGGUCACAUGAUGACUAAUAAUGACAUGGAUGUCAAGGUCAUACUGAGAGAUACGAUCAUGGAUGAUAAACGUCCUCAGAAAAUAGGAGGUAUCACAAGAAUGAUGGAAAGAAGUAAGAAAGUGUCUACAACAGAUGGGAAAGAACUCAAUAUGAUAGAUGUGUCAUUUAAACAGGAGAAGAAUGACAAAAAUAUUGAUGUACACAUGAGCAGUUUGUAUGUGUGUGUAUGCCUGGAUUUCCUGAUGUCAGUAGCCGACUUCUUUGUGAAAGGUCUACCUAAACAACCCGAGGUAGAACCACCACCUGUUCCUGCCAAAGAAACACAAAAAGCUGCUGCGGUACAACCAAAACCAGCUGAACCAGUGGCAGGUGAGAUGAAUAUAUCUGUCUCUAUAGAUAGACCAGAAAUUAUCAUGAUAGAAGACCAGUCUAAACAAGAUACGAGUGCCCUCAUGUUAGAUAUGGAGUUAGUGUUCAGGAUGAGACAGAGUCCGGAGACAAUGGACAUGUCAGCUGCCAUUAAAAACCUCGGUAUAGUCUCCUGUAAAUACAACAGUAGGGGCUCCGGGGCACAGAUAUUGACCCCAUGUGACAUAUCAUUCUACAGUAAGACACCUAAGGAUCAGGGAGCGCAUAUGGAUGUUUCAACUACAGAUUUAAUCCUGAACAUUUCCCCAGCUACCAUCAAAACAAUGUCCGCUAUAGCAGCUGGCCUAUCUAAACAAGAAGAGGAAGGGGAAGAGGAAGAGAAAAUGCCUGGGGAUAUCUGGCAGAUUAAGAAAAUAUCCGACUGUGAUUUCUGGUUCCUAAAAUCAGCUGAUGACACAGACAAUCUUGCAUCAGAACCGCUAGAUUUGGGCACAGCAGUUGAUGAAGUUUUAGAAGAAAGGGGGGAACAGUCCUAUAAAGAAAAGGUAUACAGAUUGUUCUCUAUGUUUCCAUCAUGCAUUACACCAUACAGAUUGCUUCUCCCCCCCAUAUACUAAUAUUCCAUUACAUGU